AUGUUAAUUACCGGCCAUAGUGCCAAAGUCUCUGAUGGUCUUAUCGACCGCAUGAGCCUUGCUUGCAACCGUACCAUUGACUACCUUGCUUAUAGCCAGGAGCCUACUGGAGUGUGGUAUGGCCGCUGGGGCUCUAACUAUAUCUACGGCACGAGUAAUGUGCUUUGUGGCCUAACAUACUUUGUUGAAAAAGAAACCGGGACCAUUGAGAUUAACGAUGUUAUUAAAGGCUUCAUGGAGUCUGUGGUUGAUUGGCUGAAGCUGAAUCAAAAUCACGAUGGUGGAUGGGGUGAAACUCUCAUAUCCUACAAAGACAUUAAGCUUGGUGGUAAUAGCCCCUCAACAGUAUUAUAA